AUGGGUAAAAAGGUCAAAAUUGGAAAACAGCGUCGUGAUAAGUAUUAUAAGUUAGCCAAAGAAGCCGGGUUCCGUUCUCGUGCCGCUUUCAAGUUAAUCCAGUUAAAUAAAAGAUUCGAGUUUUUGCAAAAUGCUAGAGCUACGGUUGAUCUUUGCGCUGCACCAGGAGGAUGGAUGCAAGUGGCUGCUCAGAAUAUGCCAGUUUCCAGCCUUGUCAUAGGUGUUGAUUUGGUGCCGAUAAAGCCCAUAGCAAACUGUAUUGCCUUACAAGGUGACAUAACCACGGAGAAAACGCGACAGGCUAUAAAGAAGGAGUUACAACGCUGGGAGGCUGACUGCGUACUUCACGAUGGUGCUCCAAAUGUUGGUCUGAAUUGGGCACAUGAUGCUUUUCAACAGAAUUGCCUCGUACUGUCAGCUCUGAAGUUAGCAACGCAAAUACUCAAAAAGAAUGGUACAUUUGUUACGAAGGUGUUCCGAUCAAAUGAUUACUCAUGUCUUAUCACUACAUUCGAGAAAUUGUUCAAGAAAGUUCAUGUAUGGAAACCUGCAGCUUCACGUCUGGAAUCGGCUGAGAUUUUCGUAGUUUGCGAGAAAUACUUGAAGCCACCAAAGGUCGCGCCAGAACUCCUUGAUCAUAAGAAGGUGUUUUCGGAACCUGAUGGCCACGAGGAAAAGAAGGCUAGAGCUGAAGGCUACGAAGAAGGAAUGCUCUCAGUCUAUAAGAAAGUUGAUGCUACAACGUUCAUUCAGGCUCAUGAAUAUUUGGAACUGCUAGGAGAUGCUAGUGAGAUCGUUUUGGACCAGGAUAAAUGGAAGGAGGCUCCUGAAACAACUGAAGAGAUUCGUGAGUACUUGAAAGAUCUAAAAGUUUGUGGGCCACGUGAGCUCAGAAAACUGUUGAGGUGGAGGAAAGCAAUGAGGGGAAUACUUGAACAGGAGCUUAAAGCUCUUGAAGAGUGA